CUCCAUUACAUGCACUCAUGGAGCCACUUUCUGCCCUCAGCAUAGCGACAGCAGUAGUUCAAUUCCUCGAUUUCACAGGAACAAUCGUGUCCGGAACAUGGAAGAUCUACAAGUCGAACCCCGGCGACUCCGAAGAACGGAAUUCAGACAUCAGAACGGUGACUGACAGCUUGAUGAAAUUGAAUAAGGAACUCUGCGAUGCCAUCAACUAUCCUAAUCUCAAACCCUUCUCUUCCCAAGACCAGCAAAUAUCGAAACUUGGCGAAAGAUGCAACGAGCUCGGCGAACAACUCAUCUCCGCAUUGAAUCGUCUGAGAUCACAGAACAAACAUCAGCUCUGGGAAAGCUUUCGUCUGGCCCUGAGGACCAUAUGGAGUGAGAACGAAAUUAGCACGCUGCAGCAAAGUCUGGAGAGCUAUCGACAGCAGAUUUCCAUGCAUAUUCUUGUCUCAUUGAGAGAACAGAUCGCUGCUACGCACGAAAGCCAAAGACAACACGACUGGCAAACGCAGACAACACUUGAUCAGACCCAGCGGCUUUGUAAAGAGAUACUGAGGGAGAUCGGCAACAGUAGCAGAUGGCAGGGCGAUGUUAUUGAGGCAAUCAAACGGAGUUAUGGACGAGGCGUCGCGACUCCAGGCUCUACGGCGCCGCCCGCAAACAUGCACGAUAUCUUGCAAACAAAUGAUUCCGAUCGCAUCAACCAACGGCUCCUUCAUUUCCUACGAUUCCAGGAGAUUGACAAUCGCUAUGAGAGGAUAUCUCCGGCUUAUCAGAAGACGUUCGAAUGGGUCUUCCGGCCUUCAUCCUCCAGCACCGCGAAGUGGGCAGACUUUACCCAAUGGGUGCGGGGCGAUGAUCCUCUGUAUUGGAUCACUGGGAAGGCCGGUGCUGGCAAGUCUACUUUGAUGAGGUUCAUCUACGACCACAAGCGCACUGAACAGGGUCUGCAAGCCUGGGCUGCCGAUCGACCGCUCGUCAUGGCAUAUUUUUUCUUCUGGAAUUCCGGAUCCGAAAUACAAAUGUCCUACGAAGGACUCGUCCGGACCUUGCUUUAUCAGAUUCUCCAAACGUUGCCCCAUCUCAUUCCGGCCGUGUUUCCGUAUCGAAUGGAAGUGGGAAUCUUGUUUGGCGAACAUGUCUUCGAAAAGGAGUCAUGGACUUGGGAAGAGUUGCUGAAGGCAUUCCGCGUCUUAGUGUCAAAGGCUACGGACACGCAUAAGCUUAUGUUCUUCAUCGAUGGCAUGGACGAAUUCCAAGGCCAGCCGUCCGAUCUUGUUGAUUUUAUUACAAGCCUGAUCGCUCCGGGGGUCAAGAUCUGUGCUUCGAGCCGCCCUUGGGUCGUCUUCGAGGACGCUUUCAGUCAUCGCCCGCAUCUCAGAUUGGAAGACCUCACCUACGAUGAUAUCAAACACUACGUUACGUCGAAGUUGACGGCCAAUCCUGGGUUCAAAGUAUUCCAGCAGUUUGACCCAAAGUUUUGCUCCGAACUCAUCGAGAACGUUUGCGUCAAGUCAUCUGGAGUGUUCCUGUGGAUCUUUUUAGUGACGCAGUCCCUCCUCGACGGGCUUUCGGAAGGCGAAAGGCUUUCCGACUUACAGAACAGGCUAGAUUCCCUUCCUGUCGAUCUCGAAAACCUCUUCUGGAAGGUACUGGCUAGCCUGAGCUCGUUUCACUUUCGAAGGGCUUCCCAGCUGUUCCAGCUAGUACGAGCCUCUUUGUUUCCCUUGACACUGCUUGAUAUGUCCUUUGCAGACGAGGACGACCCAAGUUUCGCAAUGAAAGCUCCCUGUGCGGUUCUUACCCUACAACAGGCCAAUUCGCGAGCGGAGCUUAUGCGGCGGCGAAUCAAUGCUUGCUGCAAAGGACUUCUCGAAGCGAACUCUGGUGCAUUCAAAUCCCUGCCUUCGACUCGCGUGGACUUCCUACAUCGCACCGUCAAAGAUUUCCUCGAACGCGGCGACAUCUGGUCAAAAGUGUGUGCAGCAACCGACGAGAACUUCAAUGCGAAUCUGCGGCUGUGUAAUUCCCGGAUCAUGUGGCUCAAAAGACAAGAUCCGGCAAAGAUCAGUGAGAAAAGCUUUUGGGAUGCGAUUACAUAUGGUAUCGAGUAUGCCGUUAGGUCGGAUCCUGUCUUGACGACAUAUCAAGUCCCUCUUCUCAACGAGAUCGACAGAACGGCAACGAGGGUAACGACUAAGUUGCUUCGACAGCAGUCCAUUGUCCAUCAAGCGGCGACCUGCAGUUCUGAAGAGAUGGCCCCCUACUGGACUUGGACACGCGUCGAAUGCCGUGAAGCCACCUCAUUCCUCAGCUUCGCCGCGCAGUGUCAACUAGUCCAAUACGUCGAUUUGAAAUUGCGAGCAAUGCCCCCAUCCAACGCGGCCGGAUGCGCCUCAGAACUCCUGUAUCUUGCCAUAACACUGUACGAAGUGUUUCUGAACGAGAAAGACCGACCCGCCGUUUAUCAUAAAGAGCCGAGCAAAGAGCUCAUAUUUCUUCUCCUGAAGUACGGGGCAGAUCCCAAUUUCCAGACUAGACCAACCUUACCUACGGCCUGGGAGCAGUUGCUAGACAAGUGCGACAUCAUCGUACGCUAUAACCGUCACGGUGAAAAUUUUGGACUUCCAAACUGGGAAGAUUUCAUGAAAGAAUUCCUAUUACAUGGUGCAGAUCCUCGGAAUCCUCGGCUUGAAACAGCUCUCGGCAAUUUCUCUCAUAUGAGAGAUCUGGUCAAACAGAAGAAGAGGGAAACAAGGUGGUCCCAUUACGGUUCAAAAUUGCGACGAUCGAAGUGAUGUCGGAUGUUGCGAAUGGCUACGAUCCUGUGGGGCUGCAUCACGAGAGCAUCGGUUAACACAAGGGUUAGUAGAGUCAUUGGCGACUCUUCGAGUAUCGUUGCCAAUUGGGACGGCCCAGUCAUCCUAUCAGUUUUGGAUCGCUACAGGCCGAACUCAGGAACAUCUUGUUUCUCAACACCUGCCAGGGUUCGAUUAUAUCCAAUCAGUCAUGCGAAUAUCGCCAAUCUUCUCGUCAACCUACAGGUUGCGCCUCAUAGUAUGGACUACGCGCCACAACACGAGCGAUACAAAUCCGAACCUCAUUCGAACCAGCUCAUCACCCAUGUAUUGCAGGGGUUCCGCGACCGAAGUGCGUAUGCAUGCUGCGC